AUGGUGUGCAAUGUAGAUGUGAAAUUCACUGACGAGGAAAAGCACGUUUUCGACCAGUUGUCCAAGACGCUUGAUGACCGUCACCCAGAUGCUUGUGCAUGCCGCAUCCGUUUGUCGCUAUGUAUUACCUACAGCGACAACAUGGCUCCUUGGGAAAUGAGUGGAGAACUACACGACUACCUCACGACGAGUGAGCACGUUGAGGUUUCUUGCAAACUUACACUAGAAGAAGAAAAGGAAGCUUUGGCGCAAUGUCAUCAGCAAUCUCGUCUAUUACUACUGCGGAAGAAAUUUUGUGAUCACGCUCAACCAAACACCACAGCAAAUAUUGACUUCAAGCUGACAAGAUCGCGAGUUGGUGGUCAGCCGUGGAUGAAGCUUAGCUUAUAUAGCAAAAACUAUCUCAUGGCACACGGCAAAAAGCUAUCAACUGUGCGUUAUAAUCGACCGAAGCAUAGGAUCGGGAUAAGCAACAAGUUCUUGAUUGAUGACGAGGAGGCGGGGAAACUUUUGUGGAACUGCGCGGUCGUUGGUGACGAAGUGAGUGGAACGAAUCGAGGUCUUGGUUUCCUUUUCUUGUACGAAUGUCUAAACCAGCAACUUGUCAUCCGAAUGGGUGGCGAAGACUGCACUCGGUCAUUUGGUGACUUGUCCGCUCGUUUCCUGCACUUAAAAUUGUCGAGAUGGGGUCGUGAAACCGUGGAUGAUGGUGAAGAAGAUUGCGUACCGUCGUACGCAAUGGCGCAGUUGGCGAUGAUGAUCGCUCGUCCUGGUGUUAAAUGGCCUGUAUCGCCCUGUGAUCAAGAAAGCGUGGCUAUACUCUCACGUGGUGCAAACUUGUACUCAAAACUGACAGUUGGAACAAAUAUUAAACACUUCUUUGACAUACGUGAGAUGGAAUUCCAAAACAUGCUUGAAUCUGGAGACCACGAGUCUCUAGUUGUCGUGCCUAAAAAGAAUCAAUUCAGUCAGCUUCAGCGUACCGCCGAACGCAUUUAUGAUAUACGCAUUACGCUAUCAGAUAUCAAGGUGUGCUGUGACGUGUCGAAUACGUCAUGUGGCGAGCGCCACUUCACAGGAGCUGGAGAGUGCCACAUAUAUCCCGAAUUCCCAUUGGAGGCGAUAAACGUGAAGCAUUUUGUCACCUUUUGCGACCCAGAAGCUGAAGUUGGAACAGCCUUACCGUUCGACCUCUCAAAGCACCCUGCAGCUCAAUCCGCGGCUGCGCAAGAUCUACUAAAACGACUUAGUGAUGACAUCGCUAUCAAUGCACAAGCAGCGAGUGGAAGCAAAGAUGCAUUUUUUACGGGUGUGACUCCAUUAGAUUUGUUAUUGCCCGAUAGCUUGAUCUCGGCUGUUGAAAACAUUCAAGAGCUGAUUGACACUUGCGAGAAUAUGAGAUUGCACGACCGCAAAUUGGUCGAAGAAGGCAUCACAAUGCUUGAAAAGCUGACAAACGAGAUCCAUGUCGGCGAUCACGAAAAUCAGAAACAGAUCGUCGCUGCUGAUCGCUUUAGGAUGCAGCGGCACGUUGGUAUAUACCCUCGAGUAACUUUUGACUUUCUCACAUCGCUUUUGGCUUCGAAUUCGUUUGAAUCUGAUUUGAAAGGUCGUAAUCCGUUUGUGGUAAACGUAAGUGCGGAUCUGGAGCAGAGGAUAUUGCGGGUGCUCUUCUUAUGCAGUCGUAUCGUGCACAUAAAUCGAGUCUUGCGAUCCGGUCGCGCUCUUAUUGUACUUCUGUACGGCAUUUCAGCUCCUCACGAUGGAUACACACUGUCUGACACAAUAAAGAUGACUCGUCAAGCUUCUCGUGAUUUGGCUGAUAUGUUAUUAUCAAAGCGACAUUACCUCCACGGCCCUGUAGCAGGAGCAUCGUCGGGAUGGCGUUUCGAUCCACGGUUUUUGAUAUUCGAAUACGUUUUCGACAUUUUGCUACGCAGUAGACAGGUUCAGAUGAUUCGUAGCUUUUUGAUGAGUCUGGCAAAAGGCGAUUCUCGUGUGCAACAAAUGAUAAUGGGGGCUGGGAAGACGACAGUAGUGGGGCCUUUAUUGACCUACAUCCUUGCUGACAAAAGCCAUCUUGUGACGCAUGUAAUGCCAACGGCCCUUUUGGAGCAGUCUCGACAAGUGUUGCGAAGCCGUUUUAGUAAUCGCAUACUACGUAAGCGUAUUUUUACGUUCGAGUUUGAUCGCGCAAUAAGUGAUAAUCCAGCUACCGCAUUGCAGAUGUUUACGAAACUGGAUCGUGCCCGGCGCCAUGGAGAUGUAGUGUGUGCUUCGCCAGAGUCAAUUAAAUCGAUGAUGCUAAAGCUUGUUGAGCUCUUGAACUCUCUCGACGAAUCUGCAGACAUCAUUGAAUUACCGCUUGCAUCUGCAUCACGAAACAGUAGGCGCAUGAGGCGUGUACUAGAAGACCGUUCGGAAAUGGCGGAUGAGCUUUACAAGACGCUGAGGCUCUGGCAAAGCGGCACUUUAGUCAUGGAUGAGGUGGAUGUAUUGUUACACCCGUUGCGAUCAGAACUCAACUUUCCCAUUGGAAACAAGUUCCCGAUUGAUCUUGCAGCCAACAGAUGGGAGCUACCCAUUUAUUUGAUCGAUGCUGUACUAGCAUCUCGCGACACUACCACGCGUGAGUCUGGCUUGAUCUCGCGGUUGCAUGCUGUACUGAAUGAAGGCUAUACUGCCCACACACUACAGCGCUUUCCCCACCUUGUGCUUCUGGACAUGGAAUUUUACGAAGCUCACAUGCUACCGCUGCUUUCAGAUAUUGCGAUAACAUGGUUGCUAAGGCUCUUUCGCAUGGGCAAAAUGCAGGUUCCUGUCGAGCAAAUCAAGUACUAUUUGGAGUGUCCCAGCUCCGAUCUUUAUACCAACGCUGCUCUUCGCGCUGAUAUUGCGAACGGUCUUUCCGAAUCGUCAAUCAAGCUACUUAAUCUAGCACGCGACUGGUUGCGUACAAUUCUACCGCAUGUACUCUCUAAGAUCAACCGAGUUUCUUAUGGUCUAUUGAGGGAAGAGCAUCAAACGGCUGCUACGCCAAAACGAAAUGGCGGGAACGCACAUUCGCGGUUGAUGCUAGCGGUUCCAUUCAUCGGAAAAGAUGUACCGAGCCAUUCGUCAGAAUUUGCGCAUCCUGACGUGCUCAUAGGGUUGACGAUUUUGUCGUAUCGCUAUGAAGGUAUCCGCAUACCCGAUCUUCUGCGGAUGGUCUCGCAACUAAAACAGGACUGUAGCCGUCAGCUAGGACCGCGAGAACAGCGCCCAUCCUGUGCUUUGUUUCGUGGGUGGGUUCGUACCGGUCUAGCUGCACUUUCGUCAGAAGAACGAGAAGUGUCCAGCGGCAUUCUUCCCUUACCACUAUUUCAGCUUCAUGACACAGUGCAGGUGACACGGCUGCACUUUUUGGUUGCGAAGCUUGCAGCAGUAGUAUAUUACUACGUCCGGCAACACGUUUUUCCAUCGUGCAUGAACUUCCAAAGGGUUAAGAUUUCGGCUUGUGGUCACGAACUUGGCAGCGAUUCUCUCUUUGCGAAGCGUAUUGGUUUCUCGGGAACGCCGUCGAAUCUGUUACCAAUGGACUUAGGCGAGUGCUACUACGAGCCCUGCAGCGACGGUGGCAUUUUUGAGGCUCUAACUAACAAGCGCAUCGUAUCAAUUGAGCGUAAAGUGGAAUGGACAGCAAGGAGCUUAUUGUUGGAUAUCGCUCAUGCGGAGCCAUUAGUACAUGCGCUCAUUGACACGGGCGCCUUGAUCACUGGGUUUGAUAACUUGGAAGUAGCCGCUUUUCUUUUGGCUGAACUCCCUGCCAAAAUGGAAGGAAUUGUGUAUAUGGACAAAGAUGACCGACAGAUGAUUCUGCUCCGCGAUCAUAACGCACCAAUACCACUGCUGCAAUGCGGAUUAUGCCCGAGCAAGAGAUUCACAUUCUACGAUCAAGUGCACACGACAGGCAUGGACAUCAAGCAGUGUGUCAAUGCCCGUGCUGUUGUCACACUGGGUAAGGAUAUGACCUUCCGCGAUUACGCCCAGGGGGCUUACCGUAUGCGCGGCAUUGCCGCAGGACAGUCGAUUUGUCUCUUCCUCAUUCCCGAAGUCGAGAAUCGCAUAAACCACGAAAUGAAACUUGCAAAAGUCGAGCUGACUUCACAGGGCUCUGCGCAGCAGCGACUAGAUGCGUUUCUCCUGCUAGUGCCAGCAUGGCUCCUCACGAAUUCGAUGCGCAUGGAAUCAAUGCAGUUCGUGCAGCUGUCACUUCAAGAACUACACAACACUUGGCGCAAGCGAGCUCUUUACACUCUACUAGAUGAAAUCGAUGGGGCUGUGGCGAAGAAGGCCUCGCUAGUCUCACGAUUACGUCGAUUCAUUAGACGUGAUGAUGAUAACGGGAAAGUUUGGCUACGUGAUUGCAUUGCAUUGUUCCGCGUGGAAGUCUCGUACACCGUGGAUGCUGCUGUACCAACAAAAAAUCAGCUUUCAGAUGUUGUUAGAGAUCUGAUUGAGGCUCACAAGAGCUUCUUAACAACAGACAAGGAGAUGGAACGUGUCACCAGCGUAAAGGGGCGUCUAUUGUGUUCAAGAGCGGGUCAGCAGCAAAUGUGUGCAGAGGACACGUCAGAGCAGUGCGACAUGCGCCUAACUGCGGAAGUUGUGCAUGAGAACGAGGCCGAAGCCGAAGAAGAGGCGGAGGAGGAGGCAGAGCAUGAGGAGCAAAAGAUGAGUGCUUUCACACGUGAUGACGAGCACCCUGUUUCAUGGAGCGCCUAUGUUCUUGCACAGCAACCUGCUAUUGCUCCUUUAUCGAAGAGAGACGACGAAACGAAGAUGGAAGUGAAUCAGCACCAAGAAGAGGCUUCUGUAUUCUACCCUUUCUCACAGUUCCAAGCCCACGCACAGUGUCCGAAGGUUGAUUUCCCAUCAGAGCUACUGAUGUCUGACAAUUUUUUUCGACGUCGAUGGGUGGGGCUUGGCGAGCGUCGUGUUAAGAACGUCGGCCUUAUUCUCGAGUGGUCACCACUUCUCCACCAGACAGCGAUGAAGACUGUCGUACAGCAGCUCUUUAUGGAAUAUAUGACCACGGAUGCAUCUACUAAGAAUGCGAAUGAAAUCGCGGUGAAGGCUUUACAAUCGGCCGCUGAAAUGGCCAACAUGAGUCCAGACGUGAUUCCUGCUGCAAUAACACGUGCCGUCAAUUCCGUGAUGACUCACUCUCCUGUAUAUCUGGUAACUCUGUCGCUUGCGGAGGGUGAGACGAUUCGACGCAUGAUUCAUGACAAGCACCCCGUGUUCCAGAUAAGCCAGGUGCAGUUGCGCACAAGCGAUGGCGAGCUUAUCGAGAGCUCUUCAUUUUUCUCGGCGUGGGCGCCAAAACCUGCGGCAACGAUUUCUAACGUGAUGCCGCUUCACGAAAAGACGAUUGCUGCAGCAGUGCAAUGCCUGCGGUUUUUUAACAACGAGAUGUAUUACUCCCCUGAGGAGGUAGACAUGCUACUAGAUGGACUAGCAGCUGUCCCCAUAAUGCUACGUCACGAAUUCUUCAACUGCCUCCUUCGCUUGCGACGCCGCGAGCGUCACUUGUGGGAAGACACACCGCUGGCAAAAAUGUUUACUGCUCAAAGCGAAUGGCAUCUGUUGACCGCACGAGCUCGUUUGCAACAAUUCCAGCAGAGUUUGCUGCGCAAGCAGCGGCAGUACAAGAAGAAGGCGGGUACGAGUCGAAAUCCAGUGCACGCGAUGGCUACCUCCCACUUGGCUGUUGCUCUUCGACAAUUCGAUGACGACGAAGAUGGUCGACUAAGCGCGGAAGAAAUCUACAAGUGCUUGGAGAGUUUCCACUUGGGGUUCUCGUCAAAUGAGCUGAACGAGAUUAUCAGCCUCAUUGUCGACGUUCAGUUCACAGACGGCGCGGAAAACACUUCACAGGAGCUAAAGAUUCCGCUUGCUGCAAUUUGUGCAUCAUUUGGUAUCUCCAGCGAGGAAGUGAAGACCGUCUUGAUUCAAGAGGACCAGAAAGGUGCUGCUUGCGAAGCGACCAGUCCCAUCCACGACGAGCCUUCGUGGAGCUGUCUCGUGUGCACGUACUUGAAUGAAGGCGCGGCCGACACAUGCGAAGCUUGCAGCGAGGCCAACCCUCAACACCACGAAGCUCUGCAGCCGCAACAACAAGAAUGGCGCUGUGGCAACUGCACGUUCAUCAAUCGGUCGGACGACGCGACCUGCGCCAUCUGCGAGCUGGACCUGGCCGGCCAGCGUGGCGUCCCUCGAGGCAAGUGGAUCUGCGCCGGUGAGCAGGGCGGCUGCACGUUUUUCAACUCGAUGGCUGCGUUCUACUGCGAAGUGUGCAAUCGCGCGCGUCCGGACUUGGUCUCCACGCAGUUUUAA